CAGAUACAUCAAUGACACCAUCCCGAGUCUCUGGAUCCCGAGAAGUCGCCUCCACCCUCCACAACCUCCACGGUACCGCCCCUUCUCCCAUCCCAUCCACCACUUUCCACUGUUCCAGCCACCUCAAGGACCCUUAAACAAUGAACCACCCACAAGCAUCGGGAAUAGACAUAACAGACCUCCCCAUCAUCCCUCCAGCAGGAGGAGACUCUGACCUGCUCAUCACCCGCCUGCAAGCGCACCUGCCCUAUUCCCUGCCAUUGCUCCGCCGCCUGCAAUGUGCUCGCAACCUCCCCGGCGGCUGCACGCCGCACGCCCACGUGCUGUGUGCGUCGUAUGCACAAGAACAAGGCGAGGCGGGAAAUGGGGAAAGAAGUGUCGUUGUUGUUGUUGUUGACCAGCAGCAGGCCAAGUCCAAGGACUGUGAGGAGUUUGCCGCGGCGUACGUCGACCUCUCGUGCGCGCCCGAGACGCAGUGCUGGAUAUACUCUACCCUUGAGGACGGGGUUACUACUACUACAACUGGCGGGAAGGGUGGUGGCGACGGGGUUGGGGAGGGGGACGAGAGGGAGGAGGACGGGAUCGGUUUGGUCUUGGCUCUGUUGAGGCGGGUGAGGGCUGUUGCGCUUGCUGGCAGCUGUCAGGAGGGCGGUGGUGAGGGUAUGAGUGCGGAUUGGAAGGGGAAGGAGAAGGAGGCGGUCGUGCUGGUCGGCUCGCUGCACGAAGCCAUCCGUCAGAGACUCCUGGCGAGCGGGGUGCGCAUGGCCAAGCCGGCGAACGGGCCUGCCGACCAGGACUGGGAGCUUUGUGACAAAUGGCUGUUUAGGAUUGAGGAUUUUCCCUUGCCCUUGCAUUUGCCCGGUAGUGAGGAGGAUAGGGGUUGGGGGUCGCAGAUACCGCUGCCGGAGGGUAUGCGGUGGGAUAGGGUGCAGAGGCAGGAUCUGGGCUUGGUGCUCGACCGAACUGAUAUCAAGAGGAGGAAGGAGCUUGCUGACGGAACACCAAUUGCAUGGGCUUUCAUGGGGCUUGAUGGGACAUUGAUAUCACUCCAUGUCGAGGAACCAUACCGCCGUCUUGGCCUGGCGAAAGCAGUGGCGUGCAAGCUAAUGCGAGACCACCUGAGAGACUAUGGCGACGAUGGCUGGGGCGCAGCUGAUGUGUUCAUGAUGAACCACAACAGCCAGGCGCUAUGCAAGAGCAUUGGUGGAAAGCUUAGUUGGAUUUUGUCAUGGGCCGAGAUAGAUCUCUCCAGCGUUGGAGAUCCCAUGUGAGAGCUUGAGAGGGAGGAUGCUCAUAACGUCAACCCACGUCCACAUAGGUCACAAACCAGCGAAGUCACUCAGGUCUACGGCA